CCGAAAUGAAGUUGCCUGAGCUUCCCUUCAGAUUACAACAGGAGCAUGAUUUAGUUUCAGUCUGGUCGCCGCUCUGAACAUGGGUUUGCUGCCCGGAUCCAAUCUGAAGCGACUUCUGCUUCUGAUAUUCCAGCCAGCAGUGCUGUUCUAUCUGGGUGCAGAAGCUGUAACAGAAGUAUUCGUCAGGUUGGGUGACAUGGCAAAGCUGCCCUGUGAUGCUGCAGGUGAAUCUCAAAUCCAGUACAGAGCUCUCAGCUGGUACAAGGUAGCUGCUGAUGGGUUCAGUUUAACAGGAAUUAUACGAAGGGAUUUCAAACAGAACAUUGUCUGGAAAUAUUUGGGUUUCAAUGGAUCCGUCGAGGUUAAUUCUACCAGUCCGUAUUUCUUGACAAUUUACAACGUCUCCAAUGAAGAUUUGGGAACAUACCAGUGUAUCAUUUGGGCACCGCUUGGAGAGCAAAACAUAGACGGAAAUGUGAAACUUCAAAAAAUAAGUGAAUCUAACCAGUUUGAAGGAAUAACCAGGAAUAUGCUGAUAUUCAUUGUAAUGGCAAUGUGUCUGCCUCCCAUUCUAUGCAUGUACCUUGUAUACAAAAAAUAUUCCGGAGGAAUAGAAACCUGUGUAAAAGAAAUGAGCAAGACAGUGAAGAGUUAUUCAUGGCCGUUUGGCAACAAUGUGCUCUCUCAAUACUCGGUGUUGAAGCUCUGGCAGACUGAAACCCAAACAUGGGGGACCCACAGUCUCAACUCUGGAUUUCACUGAGUAGCAUAAGUCUAUUGAAGGCUGCAUACAUUGACGGGACAAAAAGCUUUCUCUCUGAGACUGAAAUAAGAUUGAACAUUCUCAAUGCAGCUCACAACAUUAUGGCCUAGAUUUUCUACUUCUGUAACACUUCAGGGAUACAAUGGAAAAGCUCUGAACUACCAGACCAUGAAUUUCCAACAACCGAAAAGCCAACAGGAUUUCCUGCUGUGUGCUGAGAAGUGGAAAACCUAGACCAAUAUUACCCUCAAUUAAUAUAAAGUUUGCAAUUUCAAUACUACAGCCUAGUUCCUUCUGAUUGGUUUUAUCUCAAUGUUCCCUCCAAUUUUCUCACCAGCUGCCUGGGCCUCUGGGACCCUUGCGCAGCAGUGACUUCUGGAACCGGAAGUCAAUGCUAUGAUUGGUGUAUUAUUGCUGAUCACCACAUGUGGAACAUUGAUUGGCUGCAUCUGCACAACUGUUGAUCCUGAGGUCACGAACUUCUUCCAAAAUCUGGAGCUUGGACCGUACGCUCUCAGGCUCAUGUGCAGAUACAGAGGAACUCGAUUAUCCAAAAGACAUAGGCAGGGAGUAUUUUGUUUGGUUAAUUGAAUUCCAGAUAAUCGAAAUUCCGGAUAAUUUGUUUAGCCAAGCAUCGAGACCUUGCGAUCUUGCCGAAUAAUCCAAUAUUCAGAUAAUCGAGGUUCCCCUGUAAUGACUAACUGCAUGAACUGUAGAGAAAACCAUUGUAUGCAGAGAGGAAAAAUAACUUCACAUUUUGGGAUAUAUUUUUGAGUUCAACAUCAGUGGUGCAAAUGUUUUCAAGCUGGAGCUCAUCAGCAAAAAAAACGAAAUUGGCAUUUCUCUCUGCCCGUGGUUCUGGACUAUCUUAAGUAUUGACAACAAAAAAUGAUUAUAUUAUAUUGUGAUCAGAAGACUACCACACAUGAUGGAAACCUGAAAUGAGAUGGAAGAAUGCAGCAAAUGCAAGAAUGAGUGGUUGAGCUGAUGAUAAUAAUAUAAACUUAACCGAUGAACUGCAGAUGCUGGAAAUCUGAGACUGUGAAAGAAAAUGCUGGGGAAAUUCAGCAGAUUGGGUAGCAGCUGUGAAGAGAAAAACAGUUAACAUUUCAAGUCCCAGUGACACUUCACCAGUUCUGUUGUUCUCUGCACAGAUGUUGCUAGACCUGCUGAGAUUCUCCAGCACAGUCUGUUUUUGUGAACUGAUCAUUUUCUCUGGAGCUUUUAUUUCAUGGAAAAAGUCUGCAUUGUUUAAUUGAUGAUACCUGGCUGAACUGUGUGUGAAAUACACCAAGGAAGAUUAGCUCUCAGACAUCCUGAUUAACAGGGAAAUAUUUGAUGUGGUUGUGAUUGGUUUGCUAUCAGUUACUAUAAAGGGGCAAAAAUGACUACGACAGUUAGAAGAAGGCCCAGCUUCAGACAGUCUGGACAUUGUAAGAAUUCCAGUCAAACUGUAGUGAUCUUGGUGUGGAUGGACUCCAUUGUCAGAGGGAAGGUCAGGAAUGGCUGAUAUCUUUCAUGGACCAACAGUUCUCACCAGAAGGAUCAACUUUUGGAGGAUUGUAAGUUCACAUUCAAGGGGUAUUGGAGCUAAGAGGCAAUGAUAACUUAAGAGUAAAAACCAAUUCCAUGGGUUUGGGUCCGAAUUGAGUAAUGUUUGGACAAUAAAGUGAGGUUUGGCUAAUGGAUUAGCUAAUUCGGCAUGGUGUAUGAUUCUGAAAUGUACUGGCCUAGAAAUUCAGCAAAACGUUUUACUGCCAAACAACUUGUGAGCCUAAAAACUGAAUGUGCCAGCAUUGUAGUUUGGAAUGUCUGUUCCCAGUGCAGUCACAAUGGUUUGUAGGACCAUUGGCGCACGAUUUCCAAGAUGUUAUCGAACUGGACCCACCUGCUUAAAGUUGGUUGAGACUUGUUUAGAUGCAAUGCUUUAUAUAGGGUGUACAGAGUUCUAUCAUCUAAAGUCAAACAUAUUUAUGAAGGCAUACUCUUUGAUAGUCUUUUAAAAGCCAAGUAAUUAAGCUUCAAGGUGAAUUAAAAGACCUGAUGCAACCAGCCAGAAGUACAGAAAAUUGGAUCCUACAAGUUAAAUGGUAAGUAAGGGUAAUAGGAGCCACAUGCAAUUGAGCAGGAAUUAAAUGGUGCAAACCCUGUGGCUGCUUUAGUGGUUAAUGCUACCACUAGGUGGAGCAGCACAUGCACAUGCAUAAAAUUAUAAUAAUGAAAACAAAUAGUUGUCCAGACAAAUACAGAUACUGAUUACAUUGACUCCCUGAUAUCAAUCUUCAACUAGAAUGACUAGUGCAAUUUCCUACAUAACCAUUAAAACGAUGUUACCAUUCUA